GGAGAAGCUUCGUUGCACGCGACCUGGUGUGUGAUCUCCGAGUGAGAGGGGGAGGGUCAAGGAAGAGGAGAAAAAAAAAAUCAGACAUUGAAGAAGAGACCAGAAAGGGUUUUGCUGUUGCUUGGGGCUUUUGCCCUUCGUUGAACUGGGUUGCUAGCACCUACUCUAUCACGACACCUCCGAGCCAUUGCAGUGCGAUGUCCCGUCUGCUGCAUGCAGAAGAGUGGGCCGAGGUGAAGGAGUUGGGGGACCACCAUCGCCAUUCCCAGCCGCACCACCUCUCACAGUUGCCGCCACAGCCACCUGCUACCCUGCAGGCCAGAGACCAUCCUGUCUACCCCGCAGAGCUGUCCCUCCUGGAUAGCACCGACCCACGCGCCUGGCUGACUCCCACUUUGCAGGGCCUCUGCACGGCACGCGCCGCCCAGUAUCUGCUGCAUUCUCCCGAGCUGGGUGCCUCCGAGGCCGCGGCACCCCGGGACGAGGCUGACGGCCAGGGCGAGCUGGUAAGAAGGAGCGGCUGCGGCGGCCUCAGCAAGAGCCCAGGGCCGGUGAAAGUGCGGGAACAGCUGUGCAAGCUGAAGGGCGGGGUUGUGGUGGACGAGCUUGGCUGCAGCCGCCAGCGGGCCCCUUCCAGCAAACAGGUGAACGGGGUACAGAAGCAAAGGCGGCUGGCAGCAAAUGCCAGGGAGCGGCGCAGGAUGCACGGGCUGAACCACGCCUUUGACCAGCUGCGCAACGUUAUCCCGUCCUUCAACAACGACAAGAAGCUGUCCAAAUAUGAGACCCUGCAGAUGGCCCAGAUCUACAUCAACGCGCUGUCAGAGUUGCUGCAGACUCCCAGUGUUGGAGAGCAGUCAACACCACCAGCAGCCUCCUGCAAAAGUGACCACCAUCACCUUCGCGCCACAGCCACGUAUGAAGGAGGUGCGGGUGCCUCCGUAGCAGCCGGGCCUCAGGCGGCCUCGGGAGGGGGCCCACGACCCACCCCACCCGGAGCUUGCCGGACUCGCUUCUCAGCCCCAGCUUCAGCCGGGGGUUACUCGGUGCAGCUGGACGCUUUACACUUCCCAUCUUUCGAGGACCGGGCCCUAACAGCGAUGAUGGCACAGAAGGACCUGUCGCCUUCCCUGUCCGGGAGCAUCCUGCAGCCAGUACAGGAGGACAGUAGCAAAACUUCUCCCAGGUCCCACAGAAGUGACGGAGAGUUUUCCCCCCACUCUCAUUACAGUGAUUCUGAUGAGGCCAGUUAGGGAGGCGAACGCACCGGGAAUAUUGAGACAACCAAAUGCCCUCCCCAGUGCGCGGGAAGCGCCGCGGCAAAGAUCCCUGCAACCUUUUAUUUUUGCUCUGCGGUGGUCGUUGUUAGCAACGACAUGACUUCAGAAGGCUGCGUGACUUCAGAUGGUUGAGACUCUUCCAAACCCCUUCCUUCCUACCUUCUGCUUCCUCUGUAUGUAGAUACAAUACCACUACAUGUACCUUUACGUGUUUUAUCGUCCAUGCUGCCAAUACGCUGCUAAAAUGUCAUAUCUCUGUCUCUGGUCUGGGUUUCAAUUAUUUUAUACCCCGGGCGUUUAUCCCGUUGUGUUGCGCUCACUUACAAGUAAGGGAGUUAGUCUAGUCUUCGAAGUUGUUUUCCAAAGGCUUUGAGACCACCGGUUUUCGGUGCUUUACUGAACAUGGACUACUGAGUUGUAAGAACACAGGACCAGACAAGGGUUUCUGUAGCGCAUAAACUCCAAGUGUGUCUAGGGGACGCAGAACAAACGCAGUUCAUCACUAGCUGCUGCUCCGGUGCGAAGAAACUCAACUGCCAAUUGCAGACUAACUUUUAUUUUUUAAAGUACAGCCACUCAUAAAUCCUUAAACUCUUUGCAAAUGUUUGUUUCUACAAAUGAAAAUUAAAACAAAAACUAUGUAGUGUCAAAGGCAUUUGGUCAAUUUAUGUUGCUUUGUUAACGUUAGAAAACUUAUUUAUUAUUGAGUAUUGGAACCUAUUUCUACUUGUUUUUUGUUUGUUGUUUUUUUUUUACAUUUUCUAUUCAAGAUCAUUUUAUUUUGAUUUAGCGAAUCCAGUUGCCAUUGCUUUAUGUAUGCGCUUUUACAAAUGAGAAAAUAAACU